AUGGUUGAUAACGUAACCCCCCCGACUUCUGCUAACGGCCUGUAUCCUCAUCCACCUUGCUCGCUUCUGGCCAGGAUCGGUAUCAGUCCUAUCGCCGGGCGACCCCAUGUCUCCUGCAGCAACCCAGCAGCACCAGGACUGGCCACAAGAGGCUCCAGUAAGCGGGGAGUGGUCCUCUGGCCUCCCUCCACUCGCCCCUCAACCCCCCCUGCACCCCCGGCAUGGAUCACUCACUCUCACCCUACCACCCUCCAUUUCAUCAACCCACCUCUGGCACCGCUGCCCAGAGAACUCGGUGAAGUCCCAGGUUCAGACACAGACCGUGGGAAGUCUUUAGAAAUCACCACAUACAAAAAUCACAAUAUUGCACUCGCCUCAAACGCAGAGGCCAACCUCCAGGCGGUCCGCCGGCGUUCGGAGCAUCACGCCAUCAACGCUGAGAGAGGUGCAACGGAACCUCCACUGAUAGCUUCGUCCGCAAUCCAGCUCCAGUCCCACCCACAGAAAACCACGAUCCCCCCCCCGGCGACCACCGCAGAGCCCCUGGAUGUCCACGAACAGCUCGGUCCCACUGUGACCGCCCCCGUCCCGAACGAUGAUCUGUCCCUUAGCCGCCAUGGACCAUAG